AUGUCUCCUCCCGCUGCUAUCUUUGACGCUGCUCCGGCCACUACCGGCAUCAAGGGCAAGGUUGUUGUCCCACAGACGGCUACUACCACCCUGACCGGUGAGGGCCAGAGCAAGCUUCUGGAGCAGUUCCGAAACAAGUGGGAUGAGUUCAAGUUCGCCCCUAUCCGUGAGAGUCAGGUCUCUCGUGCCAUGACUCGUCGCUACUUCCAGGAUCUGGACAACUACGCUGAGAGCGAUAUUGUCAUCGUUGGCGCUGGUUCAUGUGGUCUGAGUACCGCCUAUGUACUCGCUAAGGCCCGUCCAGACCUGAAGAUUGCCAUUCUCGAGGCUUCCGUGUCUCCUGGUGGUGGUGCCUGGCUCGGUGGCCAGCUUUUCUCCGCUAUGGUUCUGCGUCGCCCAGCUGAUGCUUUCUUGACUGAGCUCGGCGUCCCCUUUGAGGAGGAACCUAACAACCCGAACUUCGUGGUCGUCAAGCACGCCGCCUUGUUCACAUCGACCCUUCUGUCCCGCGUUCUGGCCUUCCCGAACGUGAAGCUUUUCAACGCUACCUGCGUUGAGGACUUGAUUACCCGACCCGAUGGAGCCGACAAGGUCCGUCUGGCCGGUGUGGUCGUCAACUGGACUCUGGUCACUCUCCACCACGACGAUCACUCCUGCAUGGACCCCAACACCAUUAAUGCGCCCGUCGUCAUCAGUACCACUGGUCACGAUGGUCCUUUCGGUGCAUUCUGUGCUAAGCGUCUUGUCUCCAUGAACGCCAUUGAGAAGCUCGGUGGUAUGCGUGGUCUUGACAUGAACCUUGCUGAGGAUGCCAUCGUUAAGAACACCCGUGAAGUUAACAAGGGUCUUAUCAUCGGUGGUAUGGAGUUGUCUGAGAUCGACGGCUUCAACCGCAUGGGCCCUACCUUCGGUGCUAUGGUCAUGUCCGGUGUCAAGGCUGCUGAGGAGGCGCUCCGCGUCUUCGAUGAGCGCAAGCGCGAGUGUGCUGAGUAA